GAGCCGGGCCGCUCGCUCCGCUCCGCUCGGCUCGCGGGGCUUCGCCGCGGGGCGCGUAGGCGGCGGCGGGGCUGCCUGGGUCGGCUGCUCCGGCUCGCCGGCCGCCAGCCGGCCGCACACGCGGCGCGAGGCCCGGGUCCCGAGCGCGAGCGCCGUGUCCGGGCGCCACGGGGCUGAGCCGCGGGUGGGGCGACGGGGAGCGGGAGCGGCCGCAGCAUCCUCCCCCCGCGGCGGCCGGGCCCGCGGAGGAGGCCGACGCCGGGUCGCCGCCGCCGAGCCUGAUGCUGGAGGGGCGAAGGUGAGUGACGAUGGGAGAGAGAACGUGACCUGCACGGGCCCUUCUCCACCCUCUGAGUGGCCCCACCAUGCAGAAGCCCAGCGGCCUGAAGCCCCCCGGCCGUGGGGGGAAACACUCGAGCCCCAUGGGCCGGGCACCCGCUGGGUCAGCCUCGGCCUCUGCCCCGGCAGCAGCCACCGGCUCCAAGGAAGGCUCCCCCCUGCACAAGCAGGCCUCGGGCCCCUCCUCCGUGGCCACACCUGUCGCCGCUGAGAAGCCUGGCCCGAAGGCGGCCGAGGUGGGCGAUGACUUCGUGGGGGACUUUGAGGUGGGCGAGCGGGUGUGGGUGAACGGUGUGAAGCCAGGCGUGGUGCAGUACCUGGGCGAGACACAGUUUGCGCCCGGCCAGUGGGCGGGCGUGGUGCUGGACGAGCCUGUGGGCAAGAAUGAUGGCGCUGUGGGCGGAGUGCGCUACUUCGAGUGCCCGGCCCUGCAGGGCAUCUUCACGCGGCCCUCCAAGCUAACCCGGCAGCCCACCGCCGAGGGCUCGGGCAGCGACGCCCACUCUGUAGAGUCGCUGACCGCCCAGAACCUGUCACUGCACUCGGGCACGGCCACACCCCCGCUGACCAGCCGCGUUAUCCCACUUCGGGAGAGCGUCCUCAAUAGCUCUGUCAAGACAGGCAACGAGUCGGGCUCCAACCUCUCGGACAGUGGCUCUGUGAAGCGGGGCGACAAGGAUCUGCGCCUGGGAGACCGUGUACUGGUUGGCGGGACAAAGACUGGCGUGGUGCGGUACGUGGGGGAGACGGACUUUGCCAAGGGCGAGUGGUGCGGCGUGGAGCUGGACGAGCCUCUGGGGAAGAAUGAUGGGGCGGUGGCAGGCACCAGGUACUUCCAGUGCCCACCCAAGUUUGGUCUGUUUGCGCCCAUCCACAAGGUGAUCCGCAUCGGCUUCCCGUCCACCAGCCCAGCCAAGGCCAAGAAGACCAAGCGUAUGGCCAUGGGUGUUUCAGCACUGACCCACAGCCCCAGCAGCUCCUCCAUCAGCUCUGUCAGCUCUGUGGCCUCCUCCGUGGGCGGCCGGCCCAGCCGCAGUGGUCUGCUCACGGAGACCUCUUCACGCUAUGCCCGCAAGAUCUCGGGCACGACUGCCUUGCAAGAGGCCCUGAAGGAGAAGCAGCAGCACAUUGAGCAGCUGCUGGCUGAACGGGACCUGGAGCGGGCCGAGGUGGCCAAGGCCACGAGCCACAUCUGCGAGGUGGAGAAGGAAAUCGCCCUGCUCAAGGCGCAGCAUGAGCAGUAUGUUGCAGAAGCGGAGGAGAAGCUGCAGCGGGCCCGGCUGCUGGUGGAGAGCGUGCGGAAGGAGAAGGUGGACCUGUCCAACCAGCUGGAGGAGGAGAGAAGGAAGGUGGAGGACCUGCAGUUCCGAGUGGAGGAGGAGUCCAUCACCAAGGGAGACCUGGAGACCCAGACGCAGCUGGAGCACGCGCGCAUUGGGGAGCUGGAGCAGAGCCUGCUACUGGAGAAGGCGCAGGCCGAGCGGCUGCUCCGAGAAUUAGCCGACAACAGGCUGACCACAGUGGCCGAGAAGUCACGGGUGCUGCAGCUGGAGGAGGAACUGAACCUGCGGCGUGGUGAGAUUGAGGAGCUGCAGCAGUGCCUGCUGCACUCGGGCCCGCCGCCCGCCGACCACCCCGAGGCCGCCGAGACCCUGCGGCUGCGGGAGCGGCUGCUGUCUGCCAGCAAAGAGCACCAGCGGGAGAGCGGUGUGCUGCGGGACAAGUAUGAGAAGGCCCUGAGGGCCUACCAGGCGGAGGUGGAGAAGCUCCGGGCUGCCAAUGAGAAGUAUGCACAAGAGGUGGUGGACCUCAAGGCCAAGGUCCAGCAGGCCACCAGCGAGAACAUGGGGCUCAUGGACAACUGGAAGUCCAAGUUGGACUCGCUGGCCUCAGACCACCAGAAGUCCCUAGAGGACCUCAAGGCCACUCUGAACUCGGGCCCGGGGGCCCAGCAGAAGGAGAUCGGGGAGCUGAAGGCUGUGAUGGAGGGCAUCAAGAUGGAGCACCAGCUGGAGCUGGGCAACCUGCGUGCCAAGCACGACAUCGAGACUGCCAUGCACGUGAAGGAGAAGGAGGGCCUGCGGCAGAAGCUGCAGGAGGUGCAAGAAGAGCUGGCCGGGCUGCAGCAGCACUGGCGGGCCCAGCUGGAGGUGCAGGCCAGCCAGCACCGGCUGGAGCUGCAAGAAGCCCAAGACCAGCGCCGUGACGCCGAGCUGCGGGUGCACGAGCUGGAGAAGCUGGAUGCCGAGUACCGGGGCCAGGCACAGGCCAUCGAGUUCCUGAAGGAGCAGAUCUCGCUGGCGGAGAAGAAGAUGCUGGACUACGAGUUGCUGCAGCGGUCAGAGGCCCAGAGCAAGCAGGAGGCUGAGAGGCUGCGGGAGAAGCUACUGGUCGCUGAAAACAGGCUCCAGGCUGUGGAGUCCCUGUGCUCGUCCCAGCACACCAACAUGAUUGAGUCGAAUGACAUUUCAGGGGACAAGAUCAGGAUGAAGGACACUGUGGAAGGCCUGCAGGACAAGCUAAACAAGAGGGACAAAGAGGUGACAGCCUUGACAUCCCAGACUGAGAUGCUCAGGGCCCAAGUAAGUGUACUGGAGACCAAGUGCAAAUCGGGAGAGAAGAAGGCAGAUGCCCUCCAGAAAGAGAAGCGGCGCUUGGAGGCGGAGCUGGAGGCCGUGUCCCGGAAGACCCAUGACGCCUCAGGCCAGCUGGUCCUCAUCAGCCAGGAGCUGCUGAGGAAGGAGCGGAGCCUGAACGAAUUACGGGUGUUGUUGCUGGAGGCCAACCGCCACUCCCCAGGGCCCGAGAGGGAUCUGAGCCGCGAGGUCCACAAGGCUGAGUGGCGGAUCAAGGAGCAGAAACUUAAGGACGACAUCCGGGGCCUUCGUGAAAAGCUGACUGGGCUGGACAAAGAGAAGUCCCUGUCAGAUCAGAGGCGCUACUCCCUCAUUGACCCAUCCUCCACCCCUGAGCUCCUGCGGCUGCAGCACCAGCUGAUGAGCACAGAGGACGCCCUGCGGGACGCACUGGACCAGGCUCAGCAGGUGGAAAGGCUCGUGGAGGCCAUGAGGAGCAGUCCUGACAAAUCCCCGGCCAUCGGCAAUUCCGGUUCUGCAAACGGCAUCCACCAGCAAGACAAGGCCCACAAACAAGAGGAUAAGCACUGACCGUGAAGGACACUGUGGAGCAGCCCAGCCCACACCAGAGCCACUCCGUUCUGCCCCGGUGGCACCCCCUCCAGGCAGCAGCCAAGACUGUCACUUUGGAGACAAGAACAGUGUUUGUAACAACGUGCCCACCGCCUCGGACAAUCCCCCACCCUCGACCCCCACCCGGCUGGACCAGGAGGCUUCCUCAAUCACGAACUUCCACGGAAAGCGGUACAGCCCCGGCCCGGCCCCUGGAACCUUCAGCCUUGGACACCCAGGGCAGCCCAGCAGUGUCUGGCAUUUGCUUGAGGAAGCUGAGGCGAUCGGCUAGGCCCCUCUCCCCAGAACGAGCGGCCCUGAGGACCACCCUGGCAUCCUGGGCCCAUCCCUGCCCUCCCUCCUCUCCUUCCUUCCCUCCUCCCAGAUCCCCCUUGGACCCCAGAGAGCCAUCAUCCCGGAAAGGGUCAGAGGGGGCCCAGGCCCUCCUCGCAGGCACUAAGGAGGGAAGUCCGGUCCUUAGGAGCCAGGUGAGGACCCCUGUUCUGCAGCUGCUUCCACGCCAAGGCAGCUCCCAGAGAUGCUGGUCCCACACCCUGAGCCUCCUUCAGGUGUGGUACGAGUUCCCCUGAGCCUGUCUGCCCAGUGAAGUGCCAGGUUCAAGAUAUUGGGGUACAAGGUCUUUCUUUCCCCCCAGCACCAACCCCCUUACACACAACUCCAAGCUGCUGGCCAGAGGGUGGUUACCACGGCCAGGAGCCACAGUAUUAGGAAAGUUCGGAAACCCCUCUCCUCACCUGGCUUGGAGGAGGAGCAAGGCGGCAACAGAGGAGUUCAGGCCAGGGGUCCAGGCGUGCUUUGACUGGUCAGUAAUAUGGUGACCCCUGGGCUGACUAGGUAUUCCCAAACCGGGCCUCCCACCUGCAGGUCCAUCUGUGCAGACUGAAGUGCCCACCUGCGACCCUCGACACAUGCACACUCGGGGGUCACACAUGGCCUUGCGCGUGGGGUGUUUGCAGUCAGCCACACCCAGUCCACCGAGAUGCACAUGCUUGGGUUCCGGGACUGCGCCCCAGGCCUAGCAGGGUCGUGCCCACACACACCACAAACAUUCCCGCAGCCUGGCUGUGCACACACACACACACCCAGGAACACACGGGUGAGUGUUCAGGGGUAUGUGUGCCAGGCACACGUAUCAGAAUGCACAGGUGCCCACGGCCCCUUUUCAGUCUCACCGGGCACCUGCCCAGGGCUUUUUAGGCCUUGUCUCCUGGAGCCAGGAAGGGAACCCAAGGGAUGUAGUGGGCAAGAAAAAUCUAACCGCCUCUCCCCCUUCCUCUCAAGCCCUGCUGAGUUUCUCCAGGCCUGUGCGUGGCCGGAAAAGCCAGCUUGUCCAGCAGUGCCCACCUCUAGAGCUAGAGGGCCUGCAGGUUAUUACCUCAUGCCACAGCAUCGCUGCUGGGCUGAGGGGGAGGCCUGGUGGUGCCCCACCAUGGCGUUCCCGAGGUGCACCAGGACAGGUACGCAGUCUGCCCUGGGUGCAGCACAGGAAGCCUGUGAGCGCUCCCAGGUACAGGUGGGUGGUGCUCACUGCCUUGUCCAAAAGCCGCCCUUCUUGGGAACAGCCACUUACUUAGUCCUACCGCCUCUUCCCCCUCCCUGUUGGCUUUCGGUAGCUCUCGCAUGUGGUUUUAUUAACAACAGUCUAGAAGCGAUGCUUUAGUGGCCUAAUCCAGAGUUAAUACAGUACUACUCUUUCCAGCAAAUUCAGGCAGUCGCCCACCAAAGGAGGCGCUGAUUAGUCUACUAACAGCUAAAGGCCUACAUCGGGAGGGGCUUGCAGGGGGCAGGUAUCAAAGAAGUGAUUUCCCAGUGAGCAUCUCUGCCUGCCCAGUGUGGACUUGGCCGUGCCCCGUCCCCAGACCGUCCCCCUUCCCUGCCCUGCCCCAAAGUGGAAUCGUUGAAGUGUGGCAAGUCCGUGCUCGAGACAAUAAAGCUUGUGACUGAGGUCCAGGA